CGUCGCCGCUGUGUUCAGCUGUGAUUGGAAGUGGAGUUCACUGAACUGCCCACAGCGAAAUGGGACUAUGAGCGCUUAAAUUUUGAGCUUUCCCACUCAAAUACUAUCACAGGAAUUUGUACUUUCUUGUAUAUGCUGGAGAGUCACAACACAGGGCCAUACGACACGAAGAAAAGCAGGGAAAGUGAGCUAGCAGUGUAGCUAGCCUGUUGGACUGGUGGUCUGUCAGAGGCUGCGGGGUUACCUGAGGAGGAGGAUGGAUUUACUGUGCGAAAUAGUUCAAGCUUUGGCCGCACUAGCAGCCCUGGGUUUGAUUGUGGUGUUCAUAGUGGCCCACGUCACAGCAAAGAUGGUGAACCUGACACGCCACGAGAAAGAGAAAUAUUUCCUCACUACCACGGGGGAGAAAGAGCUUUUCCCAAGUUUACAUGAUCCCCACUCCAGAGAACUCUCUGUGGUGAUACCAGCCUACAACGAGGAGCUCCGCAUGCCUGUGAUGCUGGAUGAAGCAAUGGAGUAUUUGGAAAACAGACAGAGAGAGCAUCCCUCUUUUACCUAUGAGGUCAUAGUGGUCAAUGAUGGCAGCAAAGACAAAACCACAGAGGUCGCUCUAGGGUACACCAGGAAAUAUGGUGCAGAUAAAGUGCGAGUCCUGACACUGGUGAAGAACAGAGGGAAAGGAGGAGCUGUGAGGAUGGGAACUAUGAGCUCCAGAGGAAAAGUCAUACUGAUGGCUGAUGCUGAUGGAGCCACAAAGUUUUCUGAUCUGGACAAAGUGGAGGCUGGGCUUAAUGACCUAAACCCUAAACCAGAGAACAUGGCUAUUUCCUGUGGCUCCAGAGCUCACCUGGAGAAAGACUCAGUAGCUCAGCGAUCUCUGUUUCGUACGUUCCUCAUGUAUGGCUUUCACUUCCUGGUGUGGUUCUUCUGUGUGAGAGGGAUCAAGGACACGCAGUGUGGGUUCAAGCUUUUCACACGUGAGGCUGCACUCAAGACCUUCUCCUCUCUCCAUGUAGAACGAUGGGCCUUUGAUGUGGAGCUUCUGUAUAUUGCCCAGCGUUUCAAAAUCCCCAUAGCAGAGGUGGCUGUCAACUGGACUGAAAUAGAAGGGUCUAAGCUGAUCCCGUUUUGGAGCUGGUUGCAGAUGGGCAUCGACCUGGUCUUCAUUCGACUGCGGUACAUCACAGGAGCCUGGAAGCUGCAGUCACCACAAAAGACUGACUAGCCAAUCAGAUGAGCCCUGGUGCCUUAGAGGCAGCCUGUGAUAGGGCAGUCACACCUUUGUGUGAGGUGGGAUUAACGCUGUGUCUGUCACUGUAAUCAAGAAAAAAAGAUCAACGCUUCAUAUGUCACAUCUGAUGUCAGAUGUGAAGCAACAACACAGUUGUAAGGUUUUGCCGUCCUGCCUUUUUCAAAAAAUUGCAUUUGGCUUGUGAUGGCCGUUGUUACACGCACACUUCUGUUGCCACAGUUACAGAAUGUCCGAGACUGAGCCAUGUACUAAGUUACUCUACAUUUAUUUUGUGGCCAACAGCUGUAAGUGAACGAGGCUUGUUGACAUAAAGGAUCUCAAAAUCAUGGAGUGAUGCUUCUGACCUGUAGAAUGAAUGUUAUCGAUUUAAAAAGGGAGGGAUUGUAUAUUUAAGGAAACAUGGCAAUGGGUCUCUGGGCUGGGUGAAUUGAACUAAAAUAAAAAAUGGAAAUA